UCGCUGCAGCAUCCCAUAACAUUUCGCGACGAAUCGAGACUCGAGAGAAUCGAGAGCCAUAUCCGUAUCAGAUCACAGCGCAGCACAGUUGUUGUGGGCACAGUCGGAACAAACAAGAAAAACAAGAGCAGCAUCCGAGGAAAAAUAAAACAACACCUAUAAGUGAAAAGGUAGCCGACUUCGAUCCGCUCUCAUAUAUUUACGAUUUGAUGCAUUCAACGUAAUACAAUAAAAAAUGCAAAAUAUGCAUUAGUUUCAAGUGUGUGAUUUCAAAACAAAGCUAGUAGAGAAAUUAUAAUAAAAAUCAGUAUGGUAAUAAUGCUGCCGUGCUACGUUUCACACCUCUAGACGAAAACGGGACAAACGUUCGUGGGUUGUGGCAAUUGCGUCGACGACGGCAACGCGAAAGUCGGUCAUCGCUGUCUGGCAGUGUCCAGUACUUCGUAUUUCUAAUCAAUUAAGUACCAUCGGUAGCAAUCAACGCGGUUAUCUUCGAGAGCAAUAGCAUCACUUAUUGGCAGCCGUCGUUGGGUGGAGGAAGAAUAAGAGUUACAGUUAUUGAUCAUCGAAAGUACUGCGUUGCGAGGCUAAUAAUAUAAAAAAAAGCACAACGUUGGUGACAGAAAGGUCGAAAACCGGAUAGGCUGGUUCUCGGGUUCUUAUUCUGCGCAGUGUAAACAGCAGAAAGAGGUACAAAUACAGGCGACGACUAGUCAACGGUUGACGCAAUGGCAUCCGGUGGCGGCGGAGGAGGAGGAGGAGCACUUGGAAGUGGCCACAAUUUAACGGUAGACCGGGAGUUCAGGUACAUCGUGCAGUGGUUCACGGAAUGGAGCGAUUUCCAGCGAGAGGACUUCGUACCGGUGCUGGCAACCUAUCUGACCACCGCAAAGGCUAGCCCCGGCCGGGGAACGGUGUACGUGAACGGAAUCAUCUGCGGGAUGGCAAACAUUAGCGGACAGGACAAACCGAUGAGUCUGUUUCAGUGCCGGGUUAAACUAUUUAACGAAUGGUCCAGCAAAUGGCCGGAAUCUUAUCGCGAAAAACUUCUGGAGCGAUUGAACGAAAUCGAUGCGGACUUCGGUCGUCUGGUUCAGCAGGAACUGUCCGGAUGCGGUCCCACGAUCAAUGCGGCCUACCCUGGCGACCCGGCAGCUACAGCAGGCAUCGCCACAACCAAUGAUCUGAUUUGUAGUACCGCACAACAUGACACAAUAGUGGUGAAUGUCGAAUCCAACGCCGCAACAAUUUCCAUCGUUAAUAACAACAACAACAGUAGCAACCAUAGCAACGAUAACAACAUUCUGCUGGUCAUUGGGGAAGACUAGAGACUCCUUAGGACCGGCAUGAACAGAAUUUUCUACAUUGAUCUUCAUUUUUUCGAAGACCGGCACUGAGUAAUUUCCCCUAUCUGCGUUGCAGCGUAACUUAUCCUCCUACUAAAACAUUCCGAAACCGCUUUCCACCCAACGGCAGCUGCGUAAGUUGCUGGCAACAUAUUAAUUUAUUUAUUAUAACAAAUUAACUUUAGCACUGUCACAGGUGAACGCUUCUUCGAAGCGAAACGGUUAGAAGAAUUGUCCACUUGUGACGACACUCAAUUCUGCCACUCAAAGAUCCAGACAAAUCAAAAAGCACGACGAAAGAUAUCACUAAUCAUAUGAGAAAAAAAGAUUAAAAUUUAUAUAAUUAUUUAUCGAGUUGAUAGUUGGUUAAGAUAUAAGCAGCAAUUUUAAAUUUGCCAUACAAAAGAAAAGUUCUCAAUUAUGAAAAAAGACAUAAGUAUUUAAUAAACUAAGCAAACUCAUACGAAUACUUUAAUCUGAUGAAGAUGCGUCCUAAAAGGAAACAAAAGUUAUUUUGAAUUACAUUAAAAGAUCGUAAAAACCGGCGAAGCCGCAAAAAUACUUUAUUCCUUUGUCGUUGAGUUGCAAGCACAACUAUAAUAGUGUGCAAAAAUUAAUUUCGAAAUAAAAUCGUAGAGGUGUUUCCGUGUACAGUUUCACGAUAUAAAAGUGUACCU